CAAACGAGCGCAUAUAAUAUUAUUUAGUUGUAUUUGUUGCCAGUUUUGUGAAUUUUUUGCUUGAGAUAUGGCGCGCAUUUUAUCCAGAGACCGAGAUAAAGACUCAUUUAACGAUGAUGAGGCUGAAAGACGAUUCCUACAGUCAAAGCCUGUCUGCUUUAUUAUAUUUGGUAAACCAGGAUGUGGAAAAACUACACUGGCGAAAAAGUUGGCUAAAACAUGGAAAUGUGAAUUUAUAAAUGGAAAGGACCCAUUAAUGCAGGCAAUGGAGUUAUCAACAGAACUUGGAGUGAAGGCUCAAACAAUCUUGUCAAGAGGAGAAGCAUUGCCAGAGGAACUUGCUUCACAGCUUCUUCAUGAUAAAAUUGACUCUCCUGAAGUCACCCAUCAUGGUUAUGUCUUGGAUGGUUUUCCCUCAUUAUGUGAAGAUUGGUUAUCCAUGAAAGAACAACUAGAAUUGAUUAAAAACUGGAAAUAUAAACCUGACUUCAUCAUCAAUUUGAAGAUUCCUGAUCGUGAUUUGGAAAACCGACGAGUGAAUCAGCGUAUUGAUUCAGAAACGGGCAAGAUUUAUACGAAAGACAUGUACGAUCCAUCACCGUCUAAAAUUGUGGAGGACAUUGAGACAAAAGAGGAGAAUGAAGAUGGUGAUGAAGAACAAGGUGAUGAAGAUGACUUUAGUGAAGUUGACACGGAAGACGAUGACGAUGAUGAGGAGGGAAGCAAGAUACAGAACUACAACGAUGAUGAAGAAGAUGAAGGGUUUCCGGGAGACAUUCUAGCACGCCUUGUUGUCAGACCCGAGGAUCUUCCUGAAAACGCCACAGCAAGUAUUCAACGAUACAAGAAUCUCUUGUUGAGAAUGCUUGAGGAUUUCAUGGCUGAUCAUGACCAACAAAAGCUUAUCGAGGUCGAUGCUAACUUGCCAGCGAAAGCUGUGUUCAAAGCUGUAAUGACGAAGCUUAACACGUUUGGAUUAAAUCGUGCGCUGACCACACUUCGUUUGCAAGGCGAGGACAGCGAGGAGAUCUCGAACGACGCGGACGAAGACGACAUGUUACGAUCGUUGGCCGGUGCUGAGAUGAUUGCGCCGAGAUUCCGAUGGCGUCGUAGCCGCUGGGCACGACUGUGUCCCGUUGAGCUGUACACCGGUAAUAUCGUCAAUGGUUUGCCACAAUUUGCUGUCAGCUUCUUGGAUAAGAUAUACUGUCUGUCAUCGAGUGAGGCAUUAGCGAAGUUUAUUCGUAAUCCUCGUCAGUACAUCACAGAACCAUACCCGUGUCCGCCUUGCAAAAUAUGUGUCCUUGGUCCUCCAUGCUCGGGAAAGACGACGCUCGCGAAAAAUUUGGCGCAGAGAUAUCAAGCACAGUAUGUCGAUAUUGAGUUGUUGAUUGGAGGAACAAAACAGGAAGCAAAGAAGAAGUUGCUAGAGGAGAUACGAGAAGAAGCAGUCGAGGCAGCCAUUGCCAAAGUGAUCGUUCAAAUACAACUCCAAAAAGAAGAGGAAGAAGAAAGGUUGGCUGAAGCAGCGAGGCUGGCCGCUGAGGCCGCGGAAAAAGACGAGGAGGAUGAGGACGACGAACCGAACGAUGCAGGCAAUGAUGAACAGGAAAACGGCGGUGGAGAAGUGGAGGAAAAUGAAGUGGAAGAGAAUGAAGUGAAUGAGACAAAAGUGGAAAAAGAUGACGAGGCAGUGAAGGAAGAGACUGAAGUGAAAGAGGAGAUUAUUGUUGAUGAAAAUCAUCCCGAGGUAAGAAAGAUGGUGAGCGCAGCGAUGAAGGAAGCUGAACAUCGCGAAGCUGAUAUUUCCGCAGAUGAAUAUGUUGAUGUUGUUGAGGAAGCAAUACAAGCAAGAUUAAAGGAGGUGGAUGAAGCCAAGGCCAAGGGACAAAGGCUUGGUGGUUAUGUCCUGGAUAAUUUUCCAUUCACGCGGGAACAGUUUACGCUGUUGAUAGAGCGAGCUCUGAUACCAGACUCCGUGAUUUAUUUAAAAGAUGAUUCUGAACAUGGUUCAUACCUCGCAAAACGUUGGUCUGAUCUACGCCGAGCUGAGAAAUACCUACCUGACAUUCAAGAGAUUGAUGAUCGAAUCGAGGAAGGCGAUGAAAUAGAAAAAGAUGAGCUUUCAAAGGAGCCCGGAAAGGAGACCGACAGUGGCGCAGAGCCUGGUAAAACCACGAGUGUAGCUAAGAAACCAACAGACACAGACACAGACCUGGAGGAAUAUCAAGUUCUUAGAUCAACGUUUGAUAAUAACUGGCAACAACUUCAAGCCAUCAUCAAAGGAACGAACAAUCUUGAACCUAUUAUCAUCCAUUGUGAUCAUGAUAUCAAUGGUAUCACCGAGGAUGCUAUCAAGGCGAUAGAAGACGCGUUCAUCUACCAUCCCUGGGAGUACACAGGAAUGGAUGAGGACGAAGAGGAAGAAGAUGCAGAAGAAGAUGAGGAAAUUGACGAGGAAGAAGAGAACGAUGUCUUCAAUAAAGAUCUUGGAAAGAAACAAUUCGGAGAUACGAAACAUUUCUGUCCAGUCAUGUUGAAGGAGAAAGGCGUGCUUUGGCCAGGAAUGGCAGAAUGUGCUGCAAAAUAUCGCGAGCGAGUUUACUUUUUCUCAAGCGUCGAGUGUCGAAGACAGUUUCUAGAUGAUCCGACGCAGUUUCUUCCAGCUGAUAGACCACUUAAGCCUCCACCCAUACGGCUCUUCAUCAUCGGUCCCAAGGGCUGCGGUAAAACGAUGCAUGGCAGAUAUCUUGCCGAGAAGCUGGGCGUUUUUCAUAUUGAUUUCAAAGAGAGACUCCAGGAAUUGAUCAUUUCCAAGACCAAGAAACGUGUUGGUCCCGAUUACGAAGAUGAAGAGGAGGAAAAUCCAAUAGAAGAGGGGGAAAAUAACGAGGAAAAGGAGGGAGAUGAAAAACAAGAAGAGGAAAAUAAAGAAGAAGAUGAUGAUUUGAAUUUAACGGAAGAGGAGGAGAAUAUUUAUGUCAGUCUCACGGAAGGAGAACAUUUGCAAAGAGAUACUGUGGAGAAUAUCCUGAGUCCGUGGUGGAAUGAGGAACCAUACAGGUCUCGUGGCUUCGUUCUCGAAGGAUUUCCUCGUAAUGAUGAUGAGAGCCGUGUGCUAUCAAUGACGGGCCUCUUUCCUGAUGCGGCCAUCUUGCUUGGCGUUGAAGACACGGAUAUCAUCGACCGACUGCUGCCAGGGAAAUUGGCGAGCUGGAAAGUGAAAAGAGAUAAACGGAUGGCUGUGAAAGCCAAGCUGAAAGCGAUUGCAUCGAAGAAAAAGGAGGAAGCAAGAGCCAAGCGUAAAAGUGAACUUCUGCUUGAGAUGGCCGAACGAAAAGCUGAGAAAAAGGCUCGUAUGGAGGAGAACGGAGACGAAGGCGACGAUGAUGAUGAUGAUGACGAUGAAGAAAUGGACGAAGCAGACGUAGAAGCGAUCUUGGAUGGUGAAUUUGAAGACGACGAAGAUCUCGAUGAAGAGGAGGAGGAAACAGAGGAGGAUGCUGUCGAUCGUCUGAGAGUUGAGAUCACUGAUCGUUUUGAUGAAGACAACAGUAGACUGGGUACAGUACAGGAUUCUCUGGAGGAAAUUCUCGUACCUCGUGUGGAGAUCGACGCAAGUCGUAAACCACGAAUAGUGCGAUAUUGUAUGGACGAAGCCCUUAAACCCAUCGUCGACUUCCGUGAGGCUUUAUUCUCACGAUGUUAUUCCGUCUCGCCUGGACUUGCUCAUCGAAUGCUUGUCCGAGGAUAUAAGUUCCCAAGUAGAUUUGGAAAAUGGUGUCCUGUUAAGCUUCUAGAAGGCGAUGUUAUUCAACCUUACUAUCCACGUGGUACCAUGAACUAUCCUGUUAUCUACCGACAACACAUCUACUACUUGUCAUCAGAGAAAGCCAAGUCAGAUUUUAUCAGUUGUCCUAUGAAAUACCUGAAGCAGCCAUCGCCUAAACCCAUGGUAACCAUACAAAUGGCUAUUAUAGGACCACCCAAGUCCGGAAAAACUACCUUGGCAAACAGAUUCGUAGCAGAGUAUGGUGUGGUUCGUCUGUCUAUUGGUGAGGUUAUACGUCGUCUGUUGACGACUCAGCCGAAUACAGAUCUUGUCCGACAAAUCAAUCAUCAUCUAAAAACUGGAUGUACGGUGCCAGAUGAUCUUGCCGUGCAGGCCUUAGAUGUCGUGUUGAUGGAUCAGCAGUGUCAAGUAAGAGGGUUUAUUCUUGAUGGAUUUCCAACGACAAAACAUCAGAUUGAUCUGAUGACUGAGAAGUGUAUCAUUCCCGUGAAUGUUGUGGAGCUGUGUGUCAACGAUGAUGACGUCUUCCGUAGAGCUACUCAAGAUAGAAGAUCACCAUCCAGAACAUACCCGGUACACGACAGCCAUACGAUUAUUUCCAUACGUCUGGCUUGCUGGAAGAGAGAAAUCGAAGCUGUAAGGGCAUGGUAUCAAAACGUGCAAAGAAAUCUGAUCCAAAUUGAUGGGACUGGAUCGAAGUGGCUCGUGUGGAAGACAGCGUUUGACCAGGCGAAACGUAAUAUACAGGAUAUUCAAGGGUACUUGGUCAGGCUUGCUGAGGGACAAGCGGCUUCGAUCGCUAACAUGUGUGUCACCCCAAAGGAAUUCGCCGAAAGACUCGGGGAUUAUGGUGAAUACUGUCCAGUCAGCUUCAUUGACUAUGGUCACUUGGUGGAUUGUUCUGGUAACCCUACGCUAGAUUUUGCUGCCGAGUUCCGUGGUCGUUAUUACAAGAUGGACACAGUGAAGGAGCUUGAGAUGUUCUUAGAGAACCCAAGUGCGUACGUACCCCCACUGGCACCACGAGCUCUUCCCCCUCCUGAUAUGUUGCCCAAAAGGAGGACAGCUUCUGAAAUGAAAACGAGGUUCCCAUGUCAGAUUGAGCUUCAAGGCUAUUGUCCGGUCACUUAUCUUGAUGGAAAGAAAAGAUAUGAAUUUAUCGUACCUGGUAAUCCAGACUUGGUGGUGGAAUACCGUGGUUCUUUUUACACAUUCCAAUCGGAAAAAAAACUAGACACGUUCAUGAGAACACCUGAGGUGUACCAUGGUUUGACCCUACCUCGUAAGCUGCCUCCAAGGAGUACACCCCUGGCCAUACAUCAGCUACCAAUGCUGGGAUUCUUGGAGCAAACUGCAUCAGAGGCGAUCACAAAAGCGUUAACAUCUGUGGGCUGUUUUAAGCCUAAGUACCCCUUCUUAACUGCACGACGAUCUGCUCUGCUUUAUGUUGCUUAUCAUUUGAAAGCUUUCAACCCCAAAAGCAGCGAGUACGUGCGAACGAAGUACAAAAAGAAAUUGGAGAAGUUUGAAGAGAGAUGUAAGCUGAUCACGUACCUUGGACGAAACAUGUCAAAUCGCUACCGAGAACCGUUCCAGAGACCUUUUGAUUUUGAUGUAAAGAUGAAAAAUUUUCUUGAGCUGAAGGUCUUAAGACCAACAGCUCAAGAUGUGUAAAUAGUGCUGUUUUGUGUAUAUCCUAUGUACAGUACAAUAAGAUAACUAUUUUGUUAGGAUGAGGGAAUCGCUUUAGUAAAAUUAUUUGUUUCCUUAGCAUCUUGUUGAUUAAGCAUGUUGAAGCUCUGAGGAUCUGAAAUCAAAUGAAAGUUUAUGCUGUAGCAACAACAACCUGAAUUCAUGGAGCUAGUGUAUAAGAAAAUAUGGAUGAGAUUUUUGGAAGAAGGAAAAAGAUGAUAGUGAAGAAGUAUAGAAGAAAUAUAAUUAGAAAGAUCAGCUUAUAGUUAAAAUUUUUGUGUAAAGAAGACAUCAAUUGGAAGCUGGUGUAAUGCAAAUUGAGUA